CACGGAGAGCAGGAAUUGUUUUCAUCCAUCCAUGUAGAGUUGUCUCAGAGUCUCCCUAGAGAAGCAGUAGAAUGGAGGAGAUCAUAUGGGCGUGCUCCGAAGAUGAUUUAUGUGGACGUCAACUUUGUUCCGUACAACUCGGACCUCCUUCCAACCGAGAACGAUCGCAAGCUUUUGCAACUUCCUGUUUUCCAUACAUACUGGACGGAGUGCCCUGAUGCCGAUGCCUACAAAGUCUGCGUGAAGAACGAUAUCACCGCGUGGCAGCAGUCUUUGAAAGAGCGCAACGUCAGUGAUUGGCUGAUCGUACUAGUAGAGACGUCCAACCCCAAGAGAGGAAACAAGCAGAAGUUCCUGCCUCGGACUUCGGUGCUGGACAAGAUCAGAAACGACUUCUGCAGUAAACAAUCAGACAGGGUGAUAGUCCUCCAUGAGCCUAAUAACCCUGUCCCUACACCUCGAGCCCAGGACUCCUGGCAGCUCUUCAUGCAGCGACUGCGCUACCUGGUCCUCCUGGCCUAUAACCGGGUCCUUGGCCGCUUUGAGGAGCUGAUCCGGGCUGAACGGGAGAACAGAAACGACAAGGGAUGGAAUUUCUGCCAGUAUUUCCUGCUUCAGGAGGAGCUUGCUUUCAUGUUUGAGACUCUACGACAGUUUGAAGAUGCGCUGGUUCAAUAUGAUGAAUUAGAUGCUCUCUUCUCCCAGUUCAUUAUCAACUCAAGUGCUGGAGCAACACCCAAGUGGCUCUCUGACUUCCAGGCGCCAUGCAACUGCUGGGACGGGCUCAACCUCUCUAAGCCCGUCAACAUGGACAAGAGGGAGUUGCUCGAGAGGGGCAAGCCGACACUCCUGGACGUCAGGAAUUAUCUCUUCUCGAGGCAGUCGGCUCUCCUGUUCCUGUUGAAGAAGCCGUACGAGGUGGCGUACAGGGCGCAGAACUUCAUGCAUAACUGUGUGCAGGAGCUGAAGAUACUAGAGGUGAGCAUGCCGCAGGGGAGCAUUGCAUGCUGGGUAUUUCUGAGCUGCCUUGAGGUACUGCAGAAGUGCGAGAAGAGCAGUGAUGCGGCACACAUCAACACAUAUUCACACUAUACGGCGAGCCUAUGGCUCUACGCACAAAAAAAGCUGAAUGAAUUAGGACUGCUUGGUGGUCUAAUGCCCGACACCCGGCCAACCUCGGCACAGCUCAACUCUGUGGUGGACCUGCUGUCCGGGAUGGGACAGACGGCAGAGGUCGGAGCCAGGGAGAACAGUCCAAACCAGAUGCUCAGGGAGGCUCUAAGCUCACAGGAUGCUUUCUCUAAACAUUAUCUGGAGUUGUCUGAAUUAGCGAUGGGAACCUUCAAGCACAUAGGAAGAAUGCGUUCUGCAAAGCUGAUUGGUAAAGACCUGGCUUCGUUCUACUUGAAAACUGGUGAACUUCACAAGGCCGAGAGUUUCUUGUCAGACGCCUUGAAGGCGUACGAGACAGAGAGAUGGGGAACGAUGGUAGCCUCUACCAGGAAAGAGUUGGCUGAAUGCUACAAGAAACUUGAUAACAAUCUCAAAUACCUGAAGCUAUGCUGUCAACUUGCUGCAGAUGAGUUUGUGGACCUUGAUAGAAUCAAGUAUUUUGAGGAGAUGAAGCGAGUCGCCGCAAUCGACGCUCCACAAUCUGAAGAGAAAGAAGAAGCAAAGCCUCUGUUUCCAUGGGAUUUCAUCUUGGUAUCUCCCAUCUUAACACUGGACCCACCUGACGGCUGCAUUGGCAAGGAGGAGGUCAUCAACAUCAAGGUCACCUUCACAUCCAAACUGCCUGCACCAAUCACAGUCCAGCAGAUCACCCUUCAACUGCAUGAUCAGCUGUCAUCGGCCAGUGGUGGUGGAGAGAGCCAGCCAAUCAGAUUAGAGAAGAGCCCUUCCCAGGACAGCCUGCAUAGGCCAAGGUCCCUGGAUGGGAGGGCUCAGGUCAAAGGUCACGAGAAAGGUGGUAUAAUGCCAGUCUUUGGGUCAGAUGUCAAGUAUGGAGAAGAAAGCAAGAAACAGGUUGAGACCAGCUCCUUGGUUUGUAGCAAUGCUAGUGUGAUCCUACAGAGGCAGGAUAGCUCUACGUCGCUCGUUAAGAACAAGGACGUGGUUACCAAGGAGACAUGUUCAACAACGCUGGUCCUGCAUGAUGUUGACCUACAGCCCGGCAAAAAAAAUGAAGUGGAAUUUACAUUCCAGUCUGGAGAGAACGGAACAUUUCAAGCACAGCAGCUGAUAUGUCAGAUCUUCAAUGCAGAAUUUAUUGCCAAUUUGGAGAAUUGCACGGAAAUAGAGAUCUUCAGCAAAGAGGCUCAGCUGAUAAUUGCUUCACAGACUGAUCUGCUGUGCGGGGUCCCUCAAGAUAUCACCCUCCAUCUUACCACGGGCCACACCCCUGUCCCAGAAUGCACCACCCUGGCCGUGACCGCGCCCACUGGUCUCGCCAUCCUCCCAUCCAAGAUGGAGGAAUACGAGGUGGAGUCCACGGAUGAGGGAGGGAAGGUUCGGUUCGUAGAGGGAGUCGGAAGUCAUCGAGAGAUCGAUAUGAGAGUCGGGGUUAUGGCGGACAUGUGUAGACAGAAUGAUGGCAGUAAACAGAAUAUUCAGUUUUCCGUUGAAUGCCCGUGGUCAGAGACUGUGAUGACGACUCUAGAAUUCAACAACCCUUUCACAUUCCAACACCGAAUGUACACUGCUGGAGAGAGGAAGUUCAUACAGGUGACAGUGCAAAGUUCAUGUGAUUUGACCUUUGACCUCAGUGGUCAGUCAUUAGAGGUCACUGGUGACCGUACACUCACCCUCACACCACCACACUCCAUCAAGAAUAUUCUACUCCAGGCUCAGAGGGCAGUCUCCUAUGUGUGGGAGGCCAAGCCUGUCCCAGACACCCCUAGACCAGCAGGAUCCGUCGAGUUCCAGUUCUCAGUCAGCUACAGGUCCAUCGGCCCCUCCCCAACCACCGAUCAGGACAAGCGUCUCAAGUCAAGCUCCUAUGAUUUUGAAAUCAUUGAUUUUGAGACGUUGUUUAUGAUUACUUCCAUCAUCAAACCACCCAAGAGGGAGGAGCUAUGCAAAGCAGGUACUCUAUGCACCUUGGAUGUAGCCAUUAAGAUGCUGGACACACCCCCUCUCACUGAGACCACACCCACUCCCAGUGGAGACACGCCCACUCCUGCUAAACACAAGCCAUGCACGUCCAGAUCGCUCAUGUAUGAGAUCGAUACUGAAGGGGGCAUGUGGGCCGUCUGUGGUCGUAGCACCGGGGUCAUUGCUAUGCCAACCAAUCGGUCUGGGGUCACAGAGGUCGCACUGGAAGUUAUUCCACUGAUUGCUGGCUUUCUUCCGAUGCCCGACAUCCGACUGAGUCAGUACUUGAAGGGAGUGGAUCCAAAUGAAGGGAGUCAUCCUCUAGCAGAGAACACCGGUGAUCAAGUGAAGGGUAUUUCUAGCAACACCAAGCCGACCAUCUUGCCAUUCAACGAGAGUCAGGUCUAUUACUGCAGCAAAGCGGCUCAAGUACGGGUCCUACCGGAGUCCAACCUAAGCACGGUUGAAGUUGCCGUCUCCUAGCGGGUUCCAUGACAUCUACUCUGGCAACAAUCGCUCCAUUAUAAAUUACGCUCACUAAUGGAACGACCAACUUCAACCCUUGAUUGAACACUAUUCCCAAACCCUACAUAUUAGACGAAAUAAAACCCAGAGCAAUUGUCGCAGGAGCGAAUGUUGUGUCGCCCUCGUAGCACCAUAUUCACAGGAGGUGGGUUUUUUGUAAAGUUACGAGUGACUUAACGCACGACUGGUGACCCUCUCUUGUGCUAUAAAAUGACCCCUGCGUACCUAAUUUAUCACCUAAGAACAUGUUUCAGUCAUGCGUGACAUAACAAACGGCAUUAUGAGACACCCACUAGGCUCUUGCUGCAUAAAAAAUUAGUACAGUAACUUUGCCUUCCAAUGGUGGCUUCCAUGGUAACAAUGCCCAAAUGUCAAUCAAAAUAUAAGGAUUCCAUUGGAGAUACCAUCUUAUGGCAAAGUUAUUGUAUUAUUUAUUGAUUAUUUGUCAGAGGUUGGACUGGACAUGUCUAUUUUUCCUGAUGGAAAAUAGUAAUUUCCCAUCACGUUAUGAUGGUACAACCAAUGAUGAAUACCGGUAAUUCCCUUUAUAUUUUCAAAAAUAAAUGCUUGGUGCAUUUCCUCUAUAUCCUACUUUCAAUGAAUUAGAACCAAAAUCUAUGUACUGAGAUUGCAGUGGCCGGUUACUUGCAUUGAUUGCACCAAAGCCACCGCACUCAGCGGAACGGGAAUUAGUGCGUGUCGACGCAUCACUGGACUUGCCUAGGAGAGAGAGCUCGAUGACCGGCACGCCCGAGAGAUUAAUUUGAUAUCUUUUUACUUAAAUAAUGAAGUCAGAAUUUUCGCAUAGAGGAAAAUGUAUCAAGGUCCGACAUCAUGCAACAUCAUACUCAGAAUAUAUUUAGUCACCUGAUGCUAUUUGAACCAAUUACUAUACAGGAUUUAAUCUAUGUAGUAUAUAAUAACUUUUCUGUAACAGGGACCAGGCGGAAAAAAGGCUUAAGAUGAAUUGCAAAUACAGCAAUUUUGUCUUAUCAGUCACCUUUCUAUAGCAGCCAACUGCCUAUUAGGACCACUGAAACGGUUUCCAUGAAACCUUAUUAUGUGUAUCAGAACCUGUCUAAGGGCGCCACGUUUAGUGUUUUAUCCCUUGGAUGACCACUAUGGAUAGCUUUCACUGUAUGAAAGAACCGCUCUUAUUGGUUCCUGGUCAGUAUUUUCGAACAUAGUGCACAUGCAACAGGGAUCUUGAUUGGCCAUUGGCAUUUAGCGAUUAAUUGCAGAAUUUUCAAAUAAUGGGGAUAGUUUAAAGAGAAAUGCCAGUAGUUGCAGUAAACACUGAUUUCAUGAGAAAGUCUGUAAAACCAGGCUUAAUUGUCAGUAUAUCAUCGAGGAUCUAGAUCUGGUAAAGUUACAUAAACUGACCUUUGUGAAAUCUUGAAACCUACGCUGAAAAAUGUUCACACUGAAGAUCACCAACACAGAUAGGCACACGUGGGACAGUGUAUUAUUAUUGCUGAAAUAAAGACCCGAUGGAAGUGACCGAAUCCGCGCUUAUUUUGCUUAUUUCUCAGCAAUUACACAAUUUCUUCCAGAAUCCUUUGGCACAUAUUUUUUAUUCAUACAAACAGACACUUGGGUGGUCAUUAUAUUAGAUUCUGU